GAACAGACACAGCAACACGCAAGCAGCAGACGUCUACCGCGCCAGCAUGACCUUCUAUACCAUUCGAUGCCUGCUCAACGUUCUGGACGUGUUUGCCGAUGUCAACGCCCUCACCGCCCUCCUAAUGACAUUCGUCAACGGUGUCAUAAGAUCCCGGAGCCGGUGCCUCCUUGUUAGGUGCUGUUGCGACGUGCGCGACUCGAUGGCCAUGUACCUAGGCGGCUCGGUCGUGCUGACGAUCCUCUCCUGCAUCUGCCGCAAGGUGGAGAUAUUCGUGCUCACCAUGACUCCCUACGACACGAUCGAGUGCUGCGGGAUAAAAGGGGUGCUUUACCUCAGAGGACGCCUGGACAACCCAGAAUACAGCGCGAACGCGGUAUCUCGAUACGUCGGUUUCUCCAUCAUCGACUGCCUAAUGUCUGGAUUCAAGGGUGUAUUAAUGAUGCGCCUCUUCGAAUAUUACGACGACCUGUGCCAGUUAAUUGACAUCGUGGCGCUGAUGUACAAGCGCCAACAGCAAGCUAUUGCCAUGGCCGCCAUCAAGAGGGACGCCAGCUUCGAGACGCCAAAGUAUACGUCCACGACUGCCUGA